CCCAGCCGUUCUCCUCAAUCUUUGACACGGCCACACGGGAGGCCCGCUGCCCCCUCUGUCUCUGUCUGUCUCCUCCUUCAGUUUUUUUUUUUUUUUGCGAAUAUGUCUCCUCCUUCAGUUAAUGGCGUGCGUCGGUGCGUUCAAACUCUGUCUCGGACUUUUCAUGUCAGCAUUCAAUGCUAGAGCACCAACUGGUGGCACUCAUGCAUUCAGUGAGGUCUACUCCAGUCUUCAUUAUUGAUGGAGAUAAUAUUAUUGUUCACAACUUCAGAUACUCGCAACCUUUAUGUGCCGACAAAUCAUGUGAUGGAUCAAUCUGUCCUGUUAUCUGAAAUCCAACGGCUGAGGAUGUGAGUCUGUUACCAAAGGCAUACUUUUUUUUUCUAACAUAGGGAACUUUUGCACAUACUAAGAAUACUAAGCCCGUAAGGGUUCGAUUUUUCUGGUUUUUUUGAAAAAAAAAUUACUCCUACUGACUGAGCGACACGUGUGCACGGUGGCUUUCCUAAAGUGGUUGAUCACUUGGGUUGUGCCUGUUUCUUCUAGAGGUGCAUGGGCUUCUCUUGUCUCAUGUGUACCAUGUGAAAAGAUGGUUUGAUAGCAUGGGCUGAUUUUGUCUCAUGUGAGAAAAAUAUAUUAGCUGCAUGGGCUGUUGUAUGGGCUGGUGUGCGUGUGCUGCUGCAUGGCUCAUGCAUGCAUGCAUGUGUCCACGUUUGCAUGUUUGUAGUUUCACGUUUGCACACAUUUGUGUUCUAGGUCCUUCUUUGCUUGCCUAUAAGUAGCUUCUUUUUGUGUUCUUCUCUCCUGUGUACUUCUUGUUUGCUUGGUCUCUGUUAUGGUUCUUGUUGUUGCACAUGCUUCUCAGCGCGUUCCUUCGACGUCCUUGGGCUCUUCUUCUUCCGUUGGUGCUUCUGAUAGGAGGUUGGCUGCUGAGGGUGGUUCUAAUCUUGGUUUGAGGGUUGAUGAGGCGUGGCGGCGACACGAGGAACAACCGCCGUGGGAAAUGACAUGUAUAUUCAUCGUUUGGUCCUCUGAUUUCUCCAUCUUAUUUGGAUCCAGACAAAGCUCACUCUUGCCGGCAGGAAGGUGUCCUGUUUACUUCAUGAUGGUGGACGUGCUAUGUAUUGUUUAUUUAACUUUCUGUUUGGUUUGUCAUUUAUUCCUUUUUUGUUCUUUUACACUUACGUCGAUGGCAUGUCUCUUGAUUUGCCUCCGAUUUUAUGAUAUCCUUGACAAGAAGCUAAAUGAAGAGGGCCUAAAGCUAAGGUAUAUUUUGGUUUCACUUUAGAAGCAAAAUAAUAAUAGUUUUGUAGUCUCCCAAAUACUUUGUCCAUGAGAAUCAGUGAUCUUGAUUUACAUUGUUGUUCUAAUGGACUAAUUCUAUGGGAGAGAUAAACAAUAAAGACAGGCAUCCUGUAGUGCUUCUGCCAAAAUGCCA